AUGAGGAGCAAGGGUUCGUCGUCGGCCGCCCUCUCGCGUGAUGCCAACCAGUCGUCGUACCCUUACAACCUCGGCACGUUUCAUCGGUCUGUGAGCACGACCAGCACAGAUGCCCAGGUUUGGUUCAGUCGCGGCCUGACCUGGGCGUAUGCCUUCAACCACGAGGAGUCGGCGAGGUGCUUCCAGAAGGCCAUCGACCACGACCCCUUCUGCGCCAUGGCCUACUGGGGCCUCGCCUUCGUCCUGGGGCCCAACUACAACAAGCCGUGGAAGGUGUUUGACGGACACGACCUGGCCGAGACCACCAGGCGCGCCCACCACACCAUCAUGCAGGCAAAGGGCCACUCGGCCAGGGCGACCCCCGUCGAGAGCGCCCUCAUCGACGCCCUCGUCCGCCGCUAUCCGCAGGAGACGCCCGCCGAGGACUGUUCCCGGUGGAACCAGGACUACGCCCAGGCCAUGGACUCGGUGAUGCGGGCCUAUCCCGACGACCUCGACGUCGUCGCCCUCUGGACCGACGCCACCAUGAACGUCACGCCGUGGAACCUGUGGAACUACAAGACCGGGAAGCCCACCCCCGGCGCCAGGACCCUGGAGAUCAAGGACGUCAUGGACCGCACCUUCAGGCUGAGGGGCUCUCUGCAGCACCCGGGCCUCCUCCACCUGUACAUCCACCUCAUGGAGAUGUCGCCCACGCCCGAGGCCGCCCUCACCAUAGCCGACAACCUGCGCGGCCUCGUCCCGGACGCCGGCCACCUUGAGCACAUGCCCACCCACCUCGACAUCAUCUGCGGCCAGUACCGCCGCGCCAUCGCCUCCAACUCGGACGCCAUCCGCGCCGACUCCAAGUUCCUCGCCCGCGAGGGCCCCCUCAACUUCUACACCCUGUACCGCUCUCACGACUUCCACUUCCGCCUGUACGGCGCCAUGCUGUGCGGCCAGUCCAAGGUCGCCCUCGAGACGGUCCGGGAGCUCGAGUCCACCAUCUCGGAGGAUCUCCUGCGCGUCGAGUCGCCGCCCAUGGCCGACUGGCUGGAGGGCUUCCUCGGCAUGCGCAUGCACGCCCUCAUCCGCUUCGGCCGCUGGGACGACAUCCACGCCCUCGAGCUGCCCCGGGACCCCAAGCUCUACUGCGCGACGACGGCCAUGACGCACUACGCCAAGGGCGUCGCCCUGGCCGUGCAGGGCAGGAUAGACGAGGCCGAGCAGGAGCGGCGGCUGUUCGCCGAGGCCCUCGAGCGGCUACCCUCGUCGCGCGCCGUCUUCAACAACACCUGCCAGGAGAUCCUCGCCAUCGGCGAGGCGAUGCUGGACGGCGAGCUGGCCUACCGGAAGGGCGACUACGACACCGCCUUCGCGCACCUCCGCAAGGCCGUCGAGAGGGACGACGCCCUCCCCUACGACGAGCCCUGGGGCUGGAUGCAGCCGGCGCGGCACGCCCUCGGCGCGCUGCUGCUCGAGCAGGGCCGCGUCGAGGAGGCGGCGGCCGUCUACAGCGCCGACCUCGGCAUCGACGAGUCCCUGCCGCGGGCCCAGCGCCACCCCAACAACGUCUGGGCCCUCCACGGCCUGUACGAGUGCCUGGUGAGGCUCGGCCGCGACGACGAGGCCAGGAUCCUCAAGCCCCAGCUGAACCUGGCCCUGGCCGUCGCCGACGUGCCCAUCAAGUCGUCGUGCUUCUGCCGCCUGAGGACCGUCGAUUGA